AACGCUUUAUUCUUUUGCCGCCAAAGUACUCUCAUAAUUUGGUCUGCAAAACUGCACUCUUUAUGUUGGUAGUAUUAGCGGUGGCGAUAUUUUCAUUUGCCUUGGGUCGAUUUUGGCCAAAUUGUCGAUCGUUUCUGAUAACUCUAAAGAAGCCAAAAUUUUCGUCUAUUAUCAAUGAAGAUAUGAAGAUGGCUCUAGUAGUACGUACUGAUCUGAACAUGAAGAGCGGAAAAAUUGCUGCACAGUGUUGUCAUGCCGCUGUCGGGGUUUAUUGUAAACUCCAAAAAUCCAAUCCCAAACUUUUAAAUUUUUGGAAGUUGAAUGCUCAACCCAAAAUUGUCUUGAAAAUUCCAGACGAAAGAUCUUUAGUAGAUAUAAUGCAUAAAGCCAAAAGCUUAGGUCUUUGCACCGUUCUUAUUACGGAUGCUGGCAGGACUCAAGUGCCCAGCGGUUCUAAAACGGUGCUAGCCGUCGGUCCGGGUCCCUCCCAAAUUAUUAAUGAGUGCACGGGACAUCUAAAACUUCUUUAG